AUGCUUUCAAACGGAGUCUCGCAUAAUGCCGAUGAUGCUACAGCGCUCCGCUUGCCAACAUACCCCAGCAAUUGCCUAGAAUUUGCUAGGCCUUUUAUGACUCCGGACAAUAAGAUCUCUGAAUGCGUAGAGAAGGCCAAAGUGCCUCUAAACAUUCUCCUUGUUGGUGCUGGAUUAGGAGGCCUUGCCACAGCCAUCGCGCUUGCGCAAAGCGGCCACAAAGUAACGGUUUUUGAGCAAACACCCGUGCUUGGGGAGGUGGGAGCCGGAAUCCAAGUCCCAUCUAACUCCACCAGAGCUCUUUUCAAGCUGGGGCUUGAACCAUACCUGAAACCCUAUGUGACUGAGCCCGAAACCAUUUCAUUUAGAAGGUGGCAAACCGGCAAGCUUAUUGGCAACACGAAAUUGGUCCCUGAUUUCACGGAAAUCUUCAAUGCCCCCUAUUAUGUGAUCCACAGAGCUCAUCUUCAUUCCGCCCUAUGCCAAAAAUUGCAGGAUAUGCGAAUCGAUAUCAAGUUGGGAGCGAGAGUUGAAAGUUAUAAUUCGGUCGCGGGAAGCAUCACGCUUGCCGAUGGCACAACUUACAUUGGAGAUCUGGUGGUCGCUGCUGAUGGCAUCAAGUCUGUUGCUCGUAAAGUCGUCCUCGGCGGAAAGGAGAUGGCUUUCCGCAGGCCUGGGUUUGCUGCCUACCGCGCCACAGUAGAUGUGGAGCGGGUGCGAAAUGAUCCCGAGCUCAAAUGGAUUCUCGAGAGACCGGCUCUGAAUAUCUGGAUUGGUGAUUCGAGACACGUCAUGACAUACACCAUUGGAGCGGGCAAGGCCUUCAACAUGGUGCUAUCCCAUCCAGAUCACACGGAUCCAUCCACAUGGGACCCUCGCAAGGCCGUUGACGAUAUGAAAGCCGAGUUCGUAGGAUGGGAUCCUGUUGGCUCGGUUCUGGACAAAUGGGUGUCGGACAAACUUGUAAUCCUUGGAGACGCCGCUCACGCGAUGUUGCCAUAUAUGUCGCAAGGUGCUGCAAUGGCUGUUGAGGAUGGCCUGGCUCUUGCCCGGUCCUUGUCGAAGAUCGACAGCAAGGAGCAACUGGCCGAGAGUCUUUCCAUUUUUGAGAAUGUCAGAAUGCAACGUGCCGGUCAGAUGCAGGAGGCUAGUCUGCUGAAUAGUCAGCUCUGGCAUUUCGCUGAUGGCCCCAUGCAAGAGGCAAGAGACGCGGCAAUGAUCCCGGAAGUAAAGGGUCUCCCAUUCAGCCACAGCCCCAACCAGUGGAGCGACCCUGCCACUCAGAUGUGGUGUUAUGGGUAUGAUACUGAGAAGGCCAUUGAUGAGGCAUGGGAGAAAAAUUUCCGCAAGGAUUGUUAG